GGAAAAAGAAAUGGUGGUUAAUUCGAACGCCCGAGAACUCAUAAGCUCACAAAAAUGGCUUCUCUGUUGUCUUCUUCCAAGAGUUCCGUCUUCUUCACUGCCAACCCUAAAUUGCCACUCUUCUCCUCUCUUCCUUCUGUUUAUGUUCCAUCAUUUCUCUCCUUCAAUCUCCCUCGCAAAGAUUCUGGAUCCCUCCGAUUCCCUUCCCUUCGCCUGAGCUCCUCUCUCUCCGACGACGCAUCUUCCGGCGAUGAAGAUGCUGCCGGUUCUCGCUCGGGGAUCACGGAUGAGUGGGGGGAAGAAGCUGAGUCGGAUCCUGACUCUUCGUUUUCGAGAUUCUCGGAGUUCGAUCCCCCGAAGGACGAUGACGAGUGGGGCGGUGAUGGAUAUGCUGAUGGAGGUAAUGGUAAAGCUGCUGUGGUUGAGGAUAAGAGUGAGGAGUUUGUGGAUGAUAAGCUUUUUGAGCUUAAGAGAUGUUUGGUUGAUACGGUUUAUGGGACUGAGAUCGGAUUUAGGGCUGGGUUGGAGGAAAGAGCUGAGGUUUUGGAGAUUGUGAACCAAUUGGAGGCGGCGAAUCCAACUCCGGCGCCGGUGGAGGCCCCUGGACUUCUCGAUGGUAACUGGAUUCUAGUGUAUACUGCUUUUUCCGAGCUUCUGCCGCUUUUAGCAUUAGGAACAUUGCCAUUAGUGAAAGUGGAGAAGAUUACUCAAGAAAUUGACUCAAAUACGCUUACCGUCGUAAACUCUACCACUUUGUCCAGUCCAUUCACCACAUUUUCUUUCAGUGCGUCUGCAGCCUUUGAAGUUCGGACUCCUUCAAGGAUACAGGUUCAAUUCAAAGAAGGUAUUCUGCAACCUCCUGAGAUAAAGUCAAGGCUUGAUCUUCCAGAAAAUAUUGAUAUAUUUGGACAGAAAAUUAAUUUAUCCACUGUGCAACAAACUCUUGAUCCAAUACAGCAUGCAAUAGCGAGUCUAUUCCAGGUCAUUUCGGGUCAGCCUCCCCUCAAGAUACCCAUUCCAGGUGAUCGUAACAGGUCCUGGCUACUUAUUACAUACCUCGAUGAAGAUCUUCGAAUCUCAAGGGGUGAUGGUGGUCUUUUUGUUCUCGUUAAAGAAGGGAGUGCUCUACUAGAUCAGUAAAAUCAGGUACUUUCUGUAAUGGUACAAAAACGCAUCGAGUCUGGCAUGUAAUUGCUUAAUUUUUGAUGUUAGGUCAUACAAUACUACUUUCUAAAUGAGUAUGAUACAGAAGAUAUAAUGGUCAUGCAUCUACCUUUUUAGUCUUGUA